CUGCUGCACAGGGCAGUGGGGCUUUGGAGGCCUGGUUGGUUGCUGUUCAGCACUAUGUGACAAAUGUAUGAGUUAAAAGCCUUAUAAAGACGUGAUGUGCGGGGAUUGAGGACAGGCAGUCAGAGAGGAAUGUUAAUCACAGUUAGAGUCAGAGAGAUGUCCCGGCUGAUCCAUCCAGGCAAUAACAUCACUCUGGUGUGUCGUAAUGUCAUCUAGAUUCUAUUGAUAUGACCACGCCCUCAUCACUCCACAGGAUCAUCAAGAGUCAUCAUCAGAUUGCCUCGCAAGCGUUUGGGAAAUUAAAUAUUUAGUGUCUUUCUCUCUCUCUUUCUCUCUCUCUCCCUCCUAUCCCUCUCCCCCUCAUCCCUCCCUUUCCCCCUCGCCUCACCCCAUCCCUCUCCCCUCAUCCCUCUCCCCGCCACCCUCCCCUCAUCCCUCUCCCCUCCACCCUCUAACCCCCUCAGUCUGAGACCAUGAACUACGUGGGCCAGUUGGCAGGCCAGGUGUUUGUGCAGGUGAAGGAGCUGUACCGGGGCCUGAACCCGGCCACCCUGUCGGGCUGCAUCGAUGUCAUCGUGGUGCGUCAGCCUGACGGCACCCUGCAGUGCUCGCCCUUCCACGUUCGCUUCGGCAAGAUGGGUGUGCUGCGCUCCCGUGAGAAAGUGGUGGACAUAGAGAUCAAUGGAGAGCCUGUGAGUCUACAAAUGAAGCUGGGGGAGAACGGAGAGGCCUUUUUCGUCAAGGAGACAGAGAACACACUGGAAGGGAUUCCGUCUUACCUGGCAACGUCACCUAUUGUGUCCCAGGGGGUGGAGCUAAUGGAAGCCCAGCUGGGGAAGGGCAUGUCUCGCCUCUCUGACCCCGCCACCCUCUCGGUCCAGACCCUGAGCUCCCAGCAGACCAUAGGAGGAGGAGGAGGAGGGAUGAUGAUGAAAAAGAGGAGGAAGAGGAGGAAGAAAGCGCGGGAGAGCGGAGGUGGGAGGCGGGAAGAGAGUGGGGAGCACUCAGAGGAUGAGGACAUGUUCACCAUCGAUAUGAGCACUGAUGAGGAGCAAGAGCACGAUAACAACUCCAGCAGGGCCUCUACUCCAGAGUUUGAUGAAGAGCAGGGGCCUAAGGCCAGUGUGUUGAGCAGCACCUACAUCCAGAACACAACAUACACACGCCCUGACGCAGACUGGGCACACUCACAGAGCGGUGGUCUGUCCAUCUCCUGUCCACAGCAGACUUCUCUCUUCCCUUCUCCGAUCAGCCCAGGCGGCUCCAGCCCCUCCACUCCAAAGAGUGACUCAGAGCUGACCAAUCAGAGCAAAGACAACCCUGAGAUGAUGUGGGCCUGGGGAGAGCUGCCACAAGCUGCCAAGCCCUCCUUCUUCCCUCCGUUCCAGAUGCAAGAUUCUUUGAUGAUGUCCCCUGUCACCAUCCCUGUGUGUGACAGCACACACUUCAGAACCAUCACUGGAGACGGUGGCCCCUCUGAUCAGAUCCAGUCCCAGAGCCAAAAAGACAGCGCCCCCCCGCCCCUCACCCUGUACGUUCCACAGCCCGAGGACAACAUAGCUGGGGCCGGGUCUGGAGCAGGGGCAGGGUCUGGAGCAGGGUCUGAGGCAGGGUCUGGAGCAGGGUCUGGGGCAGGGUCUGGGGCAGGGUCUGAGGCAGGGUCUGGAGCAGGGUCUGGAGCAGGGUCUGGAGCAGGGUCUGGAGCAGGGUCUGAGGCAGGGUCUGGAGCAGGGUCUGGGGCAGGGUCUGGAGCAGGGUCUGGGGCCGGGUCUGGAGCAGGGUCUGGGGCCGGGUCUGGAGCAGGGUCUGGGUGUGGAGCAGGGUCUGGAGCAGGGUCUGAGGCUGGGUCUGGAGCAAGGUCUUGGCCUGGAGGAGACAUGGAGGAAGUAUGGGCAGCCUGUAGAGAGGUGGAGGGACUGGUGGCCUCCAGGAUGCUGUCAGAACUGGAUGAGGGGUGCCAUAGGGACAACACGGUCAGACACACAGACUCCCCAUCUAAGAGGAAAGACAAGAGGAGCCACCACCUGGGCUCUGAUGGAAUCUACCUGGAUGACAUCACUGAGCUGGAGCCAGAUGUGGCCGCUCUCUACUUCCCCAAAAGUGACGGGGGCGGUUCGGUGAGAGGUGGCUUGGAAACGGGAGUGCGGAGUGCCAACCAAUCCCCUCAGUCGGUGGGCAGCAGUGGGAUGGACAGCGGCGUGGACAGCUACUCUGACCAGCUGGGAGACAUGCCCAACAUCGCCAUCUCCCUGUGUGGAGGUCUCACUGACAACAGAGAGAUCACAAGAGAACAGUUUGAGGAGAGAGCCAUCUCUUACCAGCAGUUCACUGAGAACCCCUCCAUCAUUGACGAUCCCAACCUGGUUGUCAAGAUAGGAACCAAGUACUAUAACUGGACCACUGCAGCCCCUCUGAUGCUGGCUAUGCAGGUGUAUCAGAAGCCCCUGCCAAUGGCCUCAGUGGAGAACAUCAUGAAGGAGAAGAUGCCCAAGAAAGGAGGCCGCUGGUGGUUCUCGUGGCGCAGCAGGAACAGCGACUCCAAAUCGGACUCCGUGUCUGAGACAGGAGUUGGAGAUGAGGGUGACACCUCUCUCAGCAUGGCUUCAGUCAACGGAAUGAAGGAGGAGUCUUCCUCCAGCGAUGAGGACCACAGAUUGUCCAAUCAGGGCUCAGAAUCCUGCAACGCCGAGCCCCUUCUCACACCCGGUAGUGUGUGCUACAGGAAGACCCUCAGACUGACCCCAGAGCAGCUGGCCAGUCUGCAGUUGAAGGUGGGUCCUAAUGAGGUGGUGUUCAGUGUGACCACUCAGUACCAGGGCACCUGCCGCUGCCAAGGCACCAUCUACCUCUGGAACUGGGACGACAAGAUCAUCAUCUCAGACAUUGACGGCACCAUCACCAGGUCGGACACCCUGGGCCACAUUCUUCCCACGCUGGGUAAAGACUGGACGCAUCAGGGCAUUGCCCGCCUCUACCACCGAGUCAGCCAGAAUGGUUAUAAGUUUAUGUACUGCUCAGCGAGGGCCAUAGGUAUGGCUGAUAUGACGAGGGGGUAUCUACACUGGGUCAACGAGAGAGGAACCAUGCUGCCUAUUGGACCUGUCCUACUCAGCCCCAGCAGUCUGUUCUCAGCUCUGCACAGGGAGGUGAUAGAGAAGAAGCCUGAGAGGUUUAAGAUCCAGUGUCUGACCGACGUGAAGCAGCUGUUCUACCCCAACACUGAGCCUUUCUACGCAGCCUUCGGCAACAGAGCCACGGAUGUGUAUUCCUAUAAGGAGGUGGGCGUUCCCCUAAACAGGAUCUUCACAGUCAACCCCAAGGGAGAGCUGAUUCAGGAACACGCUAAGACCAACAUCUCAUCGUAUGGUGGUCUGUGUGAGGUGGUGGACCACGUCUUUCCCCUGUUGAUCAGAGGCCACGUCUCUGACGUCUCCUGCCCUGACACCUUCAGCCAGUUCACCUACUGGAGAGAACAGCUGCCCCAGGUCCACAUCCCUGACCAGGUCCACAGCCCUGACCAGGUCCACAUCCCUGACCAGGUCCACAUCCCUGACCAGGUCCACAGCCCAGACCACCCACAGGUCCACAGCCCCAAGUCCACAGCCCCGACCAGCCCCAAGUCCACAGCGCCGACCAGCCCCUGGACAACAGCUGAGGAGACCCCACACCACAUCAGACCACCCCAGGAGUGAGCUGUGUGCAAUCACGGAAGGGAAGGGAGAGACACACUCAAACUCAUAAUGAUGCAGGCAUGCAAAUGCAAGAAGCAUGUAUCUGCUCUAAUGCCACACAUACACACACAGCUAUGCAGAGGCAGACCUUGCACUAGUGAAAAUGUACUUGCUACAACAACAGGCAUGUUAGCACUGAGUGGUAUUUAUAUGUAGUCAUCAUUUAUAUUUAUGUUUUACUCUUCAGUGUUGUUUUCUCUGCAUUACCUAGCCUACUCAUACACGGCCUACUGUUCAUCAGGUGAAAUAGGUACAUUACCUAGCCUACUCAUACACGGCCUACUGUUCAUCAGGUGAAAUAGGUACAUUACCUAGCCUACUCAUACACGGCCUACUGUUCAUCAGGUGAAAUAGGUACAUUACCUAGCCUACUCAUACAGAGCCUACUGUUCAUCAGGUGAAAUAGGUACAUUACCUAGCCUACUCAUACACGGCCUACUGUUCAUCAGGUGAAAUAGGUACAUUACCUAGCCUACUCAUACACGGCCUACUGUUCAUCAGGUGAAAUAGGUACAUUACCUAGCCUACUCAUACAGAGCCUACUGUUCAUCAGGUGAAAUAGGUACAUUACCUAGCCUACUCAUACACGGCCUACUGUUCAUCAGGUGAAAUAGGUACAUUACCUAGCCUACUCAUACACGGCCUACUGUUCAUCAGGUGAAAUAGGUACAUUACCUAGCCUACUCAUACACGGCCUACUGUUCAUCAGGUGAAAUAGGUACAUUACCUAGCCUACUCAUACACGGCCUACUGUUCAUCAGGUGAAAUAGGUACAUUACCUAGCCUACUCAUACACGGCCUACUGUUCAUCAGGUGAAAUAGGUACAUUACCUAGCCUACUCAUACACGGCCUACUGUUCAUCAGGUGAAAUAGGUACAUUACCUAGCCUACUCAUACACGGCCUACUGUUCAUCAGGUGAAAUAGGUACAUUACCUAGCCUACUCAUACAGAGCCUACUGUUCAUCAGGUGAAAUAGGUACAUUACCUAGCCUACUCAUACAGAGCCUACUGUUCAUCAGGUGAAAUAGGUACAUUACCUAGCCUACUCAUACACGGCCUACUGUUCAUCAGGUGAAAUAGGUACAUUACCUAGCCUACUCAUACACGGCCUACUGUUCAUCAGGUGAAAUAGGUACAUUACCUAGCCUACUCAUACACGGCCUACUGUUCAUCAGGUGAAAUAGGUACAUUACCUAGCCUAGUCAUACACGGCCUACUGUUCAUCAGGUGAAAUAGGUACAUUACCUAGCCUAGUCAUACACGGCCUACUGUUCAUCAGGUGAAAUACAGUACCUUGUAAAAGUAUUCACCCCCCCUUUGCUUUUUUCCUAUUUUGUUGCAUUACAACCUGUAAUUUAAAUGUAUUUUUAUUUUGAUUUCAUCAAAAUAGUCCAAAUUGGUGAAGUGAAAUGAAAAAAACUACAUGUUUAAGAAAAGUGUGCUAUGAAGCCCCUAAAUAAGAUCUGGUGCAACCAAUUACCUUCAGAAGUCCCAUAAUUAGUUAAAUAAAGUCCACCUGUGUGCAAUCUAAGUGUCACAUGAUCUGUCACAUGAUCUCAGUAUAUAAACACCUGUUCUGAAAGGCCCCAGAGUCUGCAACACCACUAAUCAAGGGGGACCACAAAGCAAGCGGCACCAU